CUUGCUCUGCCCUUUACGAACGCCGGUUUCUGCCCGCGUGGGUGGCCCUGUCCGCUACGUGUCAUUUGAGGAUAUUUUCACCAAUUCUUAUUGGUAACAAUGCAGUUCGGCGACUUGAAAACUACCGCUGCUCUCGAGAAACUCAAUGGCUACCUUGCCGACAAAAGCUACAUCGUAGGGUACAGCCCAUCGCAGGAGGACACCGCCGCGUUCGAGGCCAUGAAGGGCGCGCCGCCGGCCGGCCUGCCGCAUCUGCUGCGCUGGUACACCCAGAUCAGCUCUUACGGCAGUGAGCGCUCCAAGUUCCCGGGCAGCGCUUCCGGUGCCGCGCCGGCCGCUGCGGCCGACGACGACGACGACGACGUGGACCUGUUCGGCUCGGAUGAUGAGGAUGAGGCGGAGAAGGAGCGCAUCAAGGCGGAGCGCGUGUCCGCCUACAACGCCAAGAAGGCCAAGAAGACGGCCAUCAUCGCCAAGUCCUCUGUGCUGCUAGAUGUGAAGCCAUGGGAUGACGAAACCGACAUGAAAGCCAUGGAGGCGGAGGUCCGCAAGAUCAGCAUGGACGGCCUUGUCUGGGGAGCCGGCAAACUGGUUCCACUGGCCUUCGGCAUCAAGAAGCUCACCAUCAUGUGCACCGUUGAGGACGACAAGGUGUCAAUCGAGGAGCUCACCGAGAAGAUCGAGGAGAACGAAGAGUUCGUCCAGUCCGUCGAUAUCGCUGCCUUCAACAAGAUCUAACCAGUGACGGCUCGUCCCGAUGGCCGCUUUCCAAAAGUCAUCCGCUGUUUAUUGUUUUGAAAUAUAAACGCAUUUUACAGCGUG